UAUUGAAAGUGUCCUUUCUGAUUGGGAACCCUAAUCACCAGUGAUCACUCGAAUAGAAGAGCCCUUAAUUUCGAAAUCGAUGAAUUAGCGUUGGUUUCUUCGCAUUGGAGAGUGUGGAGAAAAUGGCGAUGGCCGUGAAAGAUGUAUCGGAACCACAACGACUCGGUGCGGAAGAACAAGAAACGACAAGAUCGAGCAAGAAGAAACGAAAAACGGAGAAAGCUGAAGUCGCCCCAAUUGAGAUUGUGGACGUUGAUUCGUUGUGCUUCAUACCCUUCUCGAACAGAGGCACAACUAAGAAAGAUGCAAUCUCAGUGGAGCGGCACAGCGAAGACAGAGAACUACAGUGGGCGAUCGCCGCCUCGCUGUUCCAGACCCCGAUCAAGGCUGAGAACUUCAUCGACCUGGAGAAUGGUCGCGAUUACUACUGUGUUGAUGGCGAUGAUGAUGUAAAGAUACUAAAUUUCAAGCCUCCAAGCACUUCAAUUGGUAAGAAAAGAAAACCCUUUACUUUUCCUUCAGUGUCUGAAUCUGGGCAGUCUUCAAAUUCCCUUGUGGAAUUUAUUUGUGAUAUAUGUGUUGAAGCCAAAACUGCAAGUGAUUUGUUUUGGAUCAUGGGUUGCAGUCAUUCGUAUUGUAAUGACUGUAUGAUUAAGUAUGUGGCAUCCAAGUUACAAGAUAAUAUUACAAACAUUAGAUGUCCAGUCUCAGAUUGUAAAGGAUUGUUGGAGCCGGAAUAUUGUCGCUCUAUACUCCCAAAAGAGGUUUUUGAUAGGUGGGUUGAUGCUUUAUGUGAGGCAGUGAUUCUUGGGUCUCAAAAGUUCUAUUGUCCUUACAAGGACUGCUCUGCACUUUUGAUUGAUGACGGGGACGAGAUUAUUAGGGAAUCUGAGUGUCCAAAUUGUAGAAGAAUGUUUUGUGCACAGUGCAAGGUUAUGUGGCACGCCGGGUUUGAAUGCCAGGAUUUUCAGAAGUUGCAUAAAGAUGAAAGAGAAAAAGAGGAUAUCAUGUUGAUGAAUCUCGCACAGAAGCAAAGCUGGAGAAGAUGCCCAACGUGCAGGUUCUAUGUUGAGAGAAUAAACGGUUGCUUGUAUAUGAGAUGCAGGUGUGGAACCGCUUUCUGUUACAACUGUGGCAGUCUAAUUACUGGUAACGUCCAUUAUUGUACGAAGUGCAAGCGCUGAAGAUUUCCCUGCUUCUUCCCAUAAUAUUUGUCAUACCAGAGCAUGUUAAGUUAGAGCACCUGUUCAGCCAGAUCAGAUGUGAAUAUGAAGAAUAAGACAGUUUUAUGAAUGAAGACUACAAGAGUAUUUGUUUCUUCUAUUUAAGUUUCAACAGUGAUUGUAUUAGAAGAGCGUUCACUUAGCCUGUCUUUUUUAUGUGAAUAGGUACAGGGGUCAGGUUUUUCUGCUUGCUUUUGUACAGUUGCUAA